AUGAUCGCUCAGGCGGGUGCUCACGACCUCCAGGAGCUCCCAGACGCGGAACAGCCAACAGCAGCGGCGCCAAAGCGUCGCGCGCCGCCCAAAGCUGCACCCUGCAACGCCCUGCGACCGCCCUCUGCCGAAGAGAAGGUGAUGGCGUGGUGCAGAGCAGCUGUUGCGGACGCUGCGGACGACACGCAGCUGGCGGGGGACGUCGGGGCGGCAACACCCUACAGCACGCCCCACGACAAGCUCAGCGCGAGCGCAGCCGGCGGUGCCGGCGGCCGCGGCAUGGGCUCCAAGGAGCGCGCCCCUGACCCCGCGCUCUACCAGACCGACGAGUUCCGCAUCAA